AUGCCCAACCUUCACCGUCUAGUCACCCAGCCACCGCGUGGCAUGCCACCAUCGGCUUUGGCCGCGCUGCCAACCCCACACCUCAACCCCAAUCUAACACCCACCUUCAACCGCCGUGAGCCACCACUGGCCGAGCCACUUCCCAGCCUCAAUAAAGCUUUUCCACCUUCACUAGUAGCUCCCUCCACCCUCACCAAGUCACAGUCGAAACCCCUUUUCUUUCCCCUCUGUUACCACCCAAAACAUCGUGCCUCCGCCGUGCCUCACAGCCUCCGCCACUAA